CCUUCUCAGCUACACCCCCCCCCGAGGAGAGAAAGAGCUAUAAAUUGGGCAACUGGCAUGAAGAGGGGAGCAAGUACUAAGCAAAGUUUAUAGUUUCUCUUCCUCAAUUAGCUCUUAUAACCAUGGUACUCAUAGCAAUAACAAUAAUAGUCGUCAGCUUACUCAGCAAUGAAAUAGGCUUUGUUCUUGGGGACAUUGGGACUGCUACUUCUUAUGAACCGCCAUAUUUACCUACUAAGUGUAAUGGGAAUAGACAAGAUCAAUUCCCACCAGGGAACUUGUUUGUUUCUGUGAGUGAAGGUUUGUGGGAUAAUGGUGCUGCUUGUGGGAGGCGUUACAGGUUGAGGUGCCUAAGUGGAAAUAAUAAGCCAUGCAAGGAUGGGACUAUUGACGUUAGGGUGGUGGAUUUCUGCAGAAAAUCACCAUGUCCUUCUACUAUUCUCUUGUCAAAUGAUGCCUUUUCUUCUGUAUCAUACUCCCCAUCCGCAAAAAUCAACGUUGAAUACAUCCAGAUAUGAUGGAACAAUUAAGAUAUAUAUGUUCCCGAACUGUAUCAAGCGCAAUCCGACAGAUAGAAGCUGAAAAUGGCGUUUCUCUAAUCUUAGAAGUAGCAGCAGCUUUGUACUCCCAUUUCUGAUUGUUCCAUGCUGUAAUAUGAAUAUCUAUCUCAGAUAGAUGUCACAUAUAAUUAUACUAAUAACCAUUCUCAAACAAA